CACUAUACCAGCCCAUCUAACGUUUUACAGUCGCACUUAAGUGUCUUUUUAUUGAAAUAAUAAAAUAAACAUGUCGCUAACGAAUUAUUAUUCCAUGAUGGGGAUCCAGACUGAGGAGCCGUACGGUGCACAUUUCAUCCCGGGUGGUUUGCAGGGUUCGGCGGCCGGCUGCGCAAAGCCAGCCCGGAGAGCGGAGGAGGAGGAGGGGACCCCCGGUUCACACAUUCCGGAUUUUUCACAUUUUUCCAACAAACAAACGGGCUUAAAUGGCUUUUCUCCCUGGGAGAACACCUCCACUUCCUCCUCGCCCUCCUCUCCGCAGCUGCAGUCCAACCCCGGCGCCUCCAUCCCCGGCCUUUUUCACCCACAUCACCUCCUGAGCCACCACCACCCGUACUACGGCUCGCAGACGCAGACCCACACCGAGCACCUCGCAUCCGCCGCCGCUACCGAGAGCAGGUUCGUCCGCUGCUGGGAGGAGGCGACUCCCACCUCUGAGACCUCUCUGUCACAUGCGUCUGUCGGCUUCCCCGGGUGUGUCCCCGCUCAGGGUGACCUCUCCAAUCCGAGCCCGAGGUAUGAAGCGGUGAAACCCGAGAGUUCCCCUCCGUCGCACGACAGCCCCGGGGAUUCCAGCUUCGCCAGCCCUACUGAGGUGGUCCUCGAGCGGCUUGGCACCGUCGAGGAGCUGGGCAGAAAGCCGGAGCCCAAAAAAGAAGACGAGGAGAGAAAAACAAAGCCACAGCUCGACCCGGAAAAUCCAUCUGCUAGUUGGAUCCACGCCAAGUCCACCCGGAAGAAGAGGUGUCCGUACACCAAGCACCAGACCCUGGAGCUGGAGAAGGAGUUCCUCUACAACAUGUACCUGACCAGGGACCGGCGUCUGGAGGUGGCAGGACUCUUAAAUUUGACAGAGCGGCAGGUCAAAAUCUGGUUCCAGAACAGACGGAUGAAGAUGAAGAAGCUGAUGAUCCGGGAGAGGAGGAGUGUUAAUGAAUGAUGGAUUUGAAGAAGGCGGCUGUUAUUUUUUUUCCCAGGAUAUAGGUUAGGUGAGGAGGUGGCGAUGUUAUAGCUGAUAAAAGAGACGCAGUGCUCCAAGAUGCCCAUCAUCUUUAACAGCAGCUGGCAUGAGCAGCUGUUACUAAGCAACGGAUUGUGAAGCGUUUAAAGCUGCAGUGAGACUCUGCAGGGGAGACCAGGAUGUGUUGUAACACUUUUAUAAAAAAAUAUUCCUUUGGCCUUUUUCAUGUUAGAUGAUCUGAACUCUGCUGUGAAAUUCUUCCAUCUGCAUGUUACAAAAUGAAGACAGUCAACCUGUAACCUGGGGUACUUGUAAAUAAUGCUCAGAAUAAAAUGUCCAGAAAUAUCCAUAAAUUGAAUCAAAAGAACAUACGAGUUGAUAUGAAAGACUUUUAAACAUCUGUUUUUGAUAAGGCUGCAUAUUUCACAUGUCUAAAACUGAAACUACUUGACACACACUUGACUUCACAUAAAUUGUCUGUGCUUUCUGCCAAAAUCUAAAUUGCGUUUUAUGAUUUAAUGCAAAAGCUAUUGUCCUCAUAAAAAUGCUUUCAGUGUGCCAGACGUGACUGUACUCUAGGUCGGUUCUGGUCUGAAACAGUUGCAGCAUGUUUAUAUCAAAUUAAAAUGAAGUACUUGUGGAAAAGAAACCUAAACAAAUAGAAUCCAGACACAAAAUCCUUAUAAUAAUAAUAGAAUAAUAGCCUGAAAGAGACGAGAGUGAGACGUUUAGUUGUGAGUUGUCGUAGUAAAUUAUGUGAAAAGGAAAAGAGAAUUUGGUGCAUUUAACAAAUCAUUUUCUUAGCUUUAACUUGAAGUUGUCUGUUAACAGUCUUUCGUUAAAAUACUGUCAUUUGAAUUGAUUUACAUGGUCCGGUGUUUUAUAAGAUACAUUUGUUGUGACUGAACUGUGUGUG